GACGCAAAGCGCGGCGCUCGAGAGACUUUCCGAGGUUUUUCCUAUAUCUCAGCACUACGUGUUUCUGGUCGUGAAAGUAUCUUUUCAGUUAGGCAGUACUGCUGCAGUGGCCCCACCCUUCUUGCCUCCAUUCCUCAGGCCCCAGAAAAGAGCCGUUGCCAGUCAAAACUACGAGCAACACAGCUGAAAACCUAUUUAAGGACCGUUCCAAAAAUCCAGGAUUUAUCAAAGACCUCUUUCGACCAAGUCAGUUAAAUAAAGUGUUUUCAGAGUGUGUGUUUCUGUGGGUGUGCAGUGUGUGUUUCUAUCGUGUUCGCUUAUCCAUUAAAAAUAAUUGAGCCGAAACAAAAACAAAGUAUAUAAAUAUAUAAAAAAAAAACUUUUGAAAGAGCCAUAAACAAAUCGCAGUCUACGAAAUCCGUUCAAAGCUCGCGCGCCAAUAUUGCUCCAAUUUAAGAAAACGGCUUAGCAACAAUUGCAUUGAACAGCUAAAACUGAAACAACAACAAACACGUAAAUAUAGAAAGCUUAACAAUCAAAUUCAACAACAACGACAACGAGGGAUUAAAAGCCAGUAACAACUAUAAAUGUGGUGGGUGCAUUAUUGCCAUUAACCAAAUCCCGAGCGACAGUGGCCAAAAUGAUCGCAGAGCAGCUGCCAAAAUGACCAAGUGAAUCACUGAGGAGCCUCAGAGAGCGAACCCCAUUAAGCACUGAGAACAAAAGAGCAAUAAAACGCUUGAUUAACAGGUGGACAGGUGGACUAAAUCGAAAGCGGAAUGGCACACUUUUGCUGGCUCCUCAAACUCGGAUUUCUGCUGCUGAUGUUGGCGGGCUGUCGCACCCGCCCCGCCCCCUUCCCGAGCCGCCCACAGAGUGAGCUCAUAGCGGGCAACGAGUUCCUCAAGCUGUUCCUCGACCACGACGACCAGCAGAGGAGCCUCCACAGCGGCGAGCAGGACUUCGAGGGCAGAGCGGGGUCCCCGUCCCCGUCCACGUCCCCCGAUCCCCGCCAGCGAGCAGCGGCAGGGAGAAGCCUGGACCUCGGGAGGAACCGCUUCAGGAACUCCCUCAGUUCCGGGAACAGCCAGGAUGAGCAGCCAUCCGACUCGAAGCAGGUGGCCAAACUGGUGACCUCGGGCAGCAAGAUAGUCUUCCUGGAGGAUGCCCCCAGUGCAGGAAAGAGGAAGCCCGGCAGCGACGAGGUCAAGGUGGUGGCCGUGAGUGUCAGUUCCUCCAGCAAGCGAGGUCCUCCGCGGAUCAGUUCCACGGGUUCCACGGGAGGCGGUUCGGAUUUCGUGAACCGUUCCCACAAAAGUGAGCUUUCCAUCGAGGAAACGGAGCCCAGAUUGGGGGGAGGGGAUUCCAUGGACGCCGAGGGGGAUUCCCUGAACAGUGCCUCCAACAUCCAGAGCGUCCUGGCUGCUCCCUCAUUGGCCGCCUCCUCCUCCCGUUCCUUCCUGAAAAACCAAAGCGAGGUCGCCGAAGAGGAUGGAGUGGGAACUGCAGCUGGAGCAGGCCUGCCCUUCCAAACGGUGAUCUACCACGACUCCAAGCAGGGCAGGGGACCCCAGUCGAGGUCCAUAUCCUACAGCUCCAUUUCGCAGAACGUGGACGACCUGCAGGCCUGGCAGCAGUCGAGGAGCGGCAUCCUGGCGGAGGCCCAGAGGAACGUGAGCGAGAGCCUGAAGCACGGCCACUCCUCGGAGCCAGCCAAGUUCUACUCAGUGCCCUCCAAGAUGUACAGCGUUCCCAGCAAGUUCUACUCGGAGCCUGCGAAGGUCUACUCGGAGCCAGCCAAGAUGUACGGCCAGCCGGAGAAGGUCUACUCGGAGCCCUCGAAGGUCUACGGGCAGCCCUCGAAGUUCUACUCGGAGCCCGCCAAGGUCUACUCGCAGCCUUCGAAGGUUUACGGGGAGCCGGCCAAGACCUACUGGCCGCAGACCCUGACCACCACGGCAGCUCCACCGCCGGGAAGCACCAGUGCUCCUGCCGCCACCACCAGCAGCACCACCGAGAAGCCGCUGGCUCCCACCACCUUCACCCCGCUGAGAUCGAGACCGCGACCUGCGAUCGUCUCUCGCAUCGCCUUUGGCGAGGCCCAGAGCACGAGCACCACCACAGCAGCACCACCGAGUGGCACGGCGGCAACGUCGAGCAGCACGGCUGCACCACUGGCCAGCAGGGCCACCACAGUGAAGCCUCCCGGCAGCAGCACCAGGCCGACCACUUGGCAGCACCACUACCACGGCUACAACCACCAGCAACAGCAGCAGCAACAGCAGCAACAUCAGCAGCAACAACCAGCUCAUCCAACGCGCAGAGUACUCUUUAAUUUGGAUAAAUUGCCCUAUGAUUUAUUGAAUGCACCGCAGCCGUAUCCACUGGAGCCAAUUUUAUCGAAGCACUCAAGUCCGAGCCACUACCACCAGCAACAUCAGCAGCAGCAACACGAACCGCAGCAGCAGCAACAACAUCAAAGUCCGUGCUGGGAGCAACAACGUCAGCAUUCAUCACCGCCGCAUCAACAUUCUAAUCAAAAUGCCAAAGGAUUGCCCAACAGAGAUCUAGUCAAGUGUGUUUCCAAAUUCGCACACCAACAUGGAGCGGCGGCAUCGGCGGCGGACCCAUCAGCGCCGUCAUCUUCGGGGUCAGGCGGUGGCUACUCGUACAGCUCCAGCUCGAGCUCCACCAGCUCCUCGUCCUCCUCCUCAUCCUCCUCCGCAGGUUCGUCUGUGCCGAAGCAGCCACAUCUGCACCAGCAGCAGCAUCAGCAAGCCCAAAAGCAGCACUUCACCACCGAGCGCCCCGAGCUCUAUACUCCGACCUCAGAGCAGAAUUACGAAAUUGAGGAGUCCGUUAGUGUUAUGACGAACGGACGGGCCCACGGACCGCAGGGCGGUGCAGGUGGUGCCAGUGGGGCGGGGAGUGCAGUGGGGCAGGCCACAACACCAGCCAGUCCAGCUCAAGCACAAGCACAAGCGCAGGCGAGCACCACCGCCAGCGGUCGUGGCAUCAACAGAGGACGUGGCUCGGUGGUGUACAAUGCAAAUGCCAACGAUUACUCGGACGACGAGGGGGAAGCGGGGGAGGCGGGGGAUGGGGGGUCGGAGGGGCCAGAGUCCCCCGACGACGAAGACAAAGUCGCCUACGUGGUCGAGGGACGCAACUACCGAAAGUACCGGGUCGAGGAGAAGACCGACGACGGCUUCAUCGUCGGCGAGUACGGAGUGGUGGACCACAACGAUGGGAACCUCUGGGGAGUGCGUUACACCGCCGACUCCACCAUCAACCGCAGUCUGAUUCAGAAGGCGUUGCUCACGUUUCUCAAGCUCAAGUAGGGGCCAACUGGCCGGCCCCACUCGGAAAAACACUCGAGAUGAAGUUGGGAAGCCCGCCAGUGCGCAGGAAAAUCAUUGGAAAACACAGGGAAACAGAAUCAGAUUGUAGGCAUGUCGAUAUUACAGAUAGAAGAGAUUUGGGGAAUUGUGAGAAAAUAAAUUAGAAGAUUGAACCCUAAGCUGAAGCUUAUACAUCAGUUUGGUUAACCUAAUCUUUUAGAAAAUAACAAAAUAAAUUUACAAGCUUGAUAUAAAUCAUUAUAGUAAAUCAUUGGUCUUUAGUACGAGAAGAUCUUGUGAUUUCCAACUCAAAGACUUAAAGCAGUUAGAAUCUGUUUAAGCAUGAACCCAACUGAAAUUAGUAUUUGCAUUAACGAAAAUCUGUAAAAGUUAAGAAGCAGACAUUUUUUACAGAAAAUAGCAAAAUAUUUGUUAAAAGUAAUAUAAAAAGCUCCAUGAUAAUAUUAUCAAUCCAUAUACUUUAUAAGGCAGGAGAUGAGGUCGAAAUCCUGAAGAAUACUCAAGAAGGCAUCGUUGUUCUUAAGUUCAGAUCGAUGGUUUUUCCGAGUGUCCAAAGCAUCCCGCACUUCCUCACCGAAGAGACAGCUGCAAAGGCAUUCACAUGUGAUCCAAGUCGUAUUUUAGUUAGCCUAGAUAACCUAAGCCUAAACCUAGAUAGACGAACCUAAUAGAGGUAGCCCUAGCUUACAGCCACUAGUUGCGUUCCCACGAGAUCAGUGUGUGUUAGUCAGUAAACGAAUUUUGUUUAAUGUUUAGUUAAUGUUUUAAUUAAUUUAUUGUAGUUGUUGGUAUUGUAAUUGUAACUGUAGCCGUAACUCUAACCUGAGCCUAAUUUAUUCCGAAGACCGACCGACCAGCACACUCGAAAUUCCGCAGAACUAGCAACUUGCCAUAAAAUCCGAGCACCUACCAGCAUUAAGAACACGCGAAACUAUCCUAAUUAGAGCACUAAGUGACUUGCGAAGUGAAAUAAACUAAAUUACACCGAGA